AUGGAGUCUUUCCUGCGGGCGGUGGGCCUUGGCCAGGGAGAUGCGCUCUGCGAAGUGCCCAUCAAAACCUCCCGGAGGCCCAGCACUGCGAGAGGACGUGAGGUCACCGAGCUGCCGGACCUCGCCCACCUUGCGGCGGCCACGGAGCAGGGCAUCCUGCAGCUGGAGGAGGAAGCGCGCUUGCUGGAGAGUCGGCCGCUGGGUGAGGCUUUGGAGCAGCUGCGAAAUUGGGCGCAGGCGCUGCGCCGGCGCCCCAAGGAGGAGUCGGUGCCCUUCAAGGCGCUGUUCCUUCGGAGCAAUGCCUUGGAAAAAGCUUUGGAGGCUCUCCGCAAGAAUGACAACUUGAAGCAGGAGUUGCUCGACCGCCCUCUCUUUGCCGCGGAUGGCGCGAGCCCGGCAGAGGUCUUCACUGUGGAGCUGCGGGGGGUGCUGCAGCUGUGCCUGCCCCGUGCUGCCGCCUUGGUGGAGCCUAUUCUGCAGGCGGUGUUGGGUGCGGAACCUCGCGCGCCGGAGAUGGCGGCGGCCUUCACAGCCCUGCGCUCCUUCAAGGAGGACUGGCGGGAGGUGGUUCGUCUCUCGGCGGUGCGGCAGUUGGAGCGGCGCCUGGACUCCGUGACGUACGAGCUGCAGAAGAUGCGGCCGCUGCCAGGGAGCCUAUGA